AUGAGCAAGCCACUCUCCUUCGGGCUGAACCUCAAGAAGCCGGGCGCUUCCAAGCCUGCCGCACCGCGCCGAAAGCCCAUGUUCGGCGGUGACGACUCCGACUCCGAUGUAAACGACGGCGAUUCCAGCACCAAGGCUCAGGCGAUCGGCGGAGACCUCGACGAUUUUGGCGCCUCGCAACCGAAGCAAGACUCUGGGUCGCGCAAGCCCAAAUCGAAACCAGGCCUGGCUGCCAAAGGCCCACCGCCGAAGCUCAAUGUCAAAUCACAAACCAAUGCCAUGUUUGGCGAUCUAUCGAGCUCGCUCGCAUCGCGCAGGAAUGCCGAGGCAGCGGCCGAGGUGGACGCCAGCGUCUACGAGUACGACAACGUUUACGAUUCGUUGAAGCCCAAAAAGCACGCCACAAAGGAAGAUGUCGAAAAGAAGCCUAAAUAUAUGAAGAAUUUAAUACAAGCGGCGGAUGUGCGCAAGAGGGAUCUGCUCAUUGCCGAGGAGAAGAAAAUUGCGCGCGAACGGGAGGCUGAAGGCGAGGAGUUUGCCGACAAAGAAAAGUUUGUCACGGCGGCAUAUAAGAAGCAGCAGGAGGAAAAUAGGCGCAUAGAAGAAGAGGAGAAGAAGAGGGAAGAGGAGGAGGCCAAGAAGAACAAGGGCGGUGGCAUGUCGGCAUUUUACCGCAAGCUGCUGGACAAGGACGAGCAGCGCCACGCCGAGUCGGUCAAGGCGGCAGAGGACAUGGCCAAGAAUGCUGGCACCAAGGACGCAGAGGAGCUAGAUGCAGGGGAGGAAGCGGACGAUGAUAAAGCACAAGCGGCACGUGCCAAAGCCAUGAACGAAAAGGGUGCGUCCGUUGACGUCAAUGAAGACGGGCAGGUGGUGGACAAGAGACAACUGCUCCGGGGCGGCCUGAAUCUAGACGCCAAGAAGAAGACGGCCGUCCAGCAGCAGCAGCAGCAGCAGCAAAGGCCCGACGAGCGCGAGCGCAAAGAGAACCAUUUGCCCGGUCAGGCCGGGAGACGGCAGGCCAUGCGGGAGCGCCAAUCGCGGAUGAUGGAGGAGCAGCUGGAGCGGUCGAUGAAGCGCGCGUACGAGGAGGAGGAGACGAAGAAGCAGGAGCUGGAGCGGGCCGCCAAGAGCCGCAAGACGGAGGGCGAGAUCUCCAGUGCCAAGGAGAGAUAUCUGGCCAGAAAACGGGCAGCAGAGGAGGCCAAAAAGGCGGGCGGCGCUGCGCCGUGA